AUGGCGGCGCAGAGCCCACCAGAUCCUCGUGUUCCUCCCGACAGAGCUAUCAGCGUCAACGGCCCUAUGAUCGCAGUAAUCGUCGGCGACGGGGACGAAAAGACUACAUUCUACAUCCACGAAGAGCUGAUUUGCACCCAUUCUAAUUUCUUCAAGAAUGCUAUGAAGCCGGAGUGGGCUGAGAUGCGAAGCGAUCCACGUUCUGUUCACUUAACCGACGACGACGCCGAGCACCUACCCGUUAGAGUCGAUGAGAAAAGCAGCGAGGAAUAUGACCAGCUCGCGAAGGCAUAUGUUUUAGGCGAGAAGAUUAUGGACGAUGGGUUCCAACAAGGUAUAUUUGAUGCCAUAAUUGCGAAGUCGGCAGUGCUUGUGCAGGUUGGGGAGGGUCGGACUCGAUAUAUGCCUGACUUUAAGGCAAUUCAGAUUAUCUAUGAGGGCACGCCCGAAGGCUUUCCUGCCAGACGCCUUGUUGUGGACUUCUAUUCAUGGGAAGCCUCUGAAAGCUGGUUCGAAAACCUCACCGUCAAUCCAUAUCCGGCGGAUUUCUUAUUCGACGCAAUGAUACGCCUGGCAUCCGUCCGAGAGAAGCUAGCUACGGAUAAACCAUAGGUUAAGUCGCCUGAGAAGUAUCGCAAAGGCGGCGAGAAGAGGGAUAGCGGCGAGGAUAGCGAGGCGAAGACCUGUGACAGCAAAAAUGGCGUGGAAAAGAACACCAAUGCAUAGUUCACCGACGUCUAGCAGGAGGAAGCGGAUGCAUUGCUGACUGGUUUUUGUCGACGGGGUGAGGUUUAGAGGUGGCAUGAGAUACUCAGCGACUCUCUGAGCGGGUAGAUAGAUCCGUGCGACCUGGUGCUAAAUCAAUCACGUCCAAGUGCUGGAAGUGGGUCGAAGCAGCCUUGACGGUGUCGUGAAGCUGUC